AUGGCGGGACCCGCCGAUUCACCAGGCGUUUCAGCCGUGCCGCGCGGGGCGCGGGGUCUGCCGGAUCGCUGUCAACAAGUGGAAGCGUUCUUGGAGAACGGCGCAACUGGACACACAAAGGCUGCGUCUCUCGAUCUUUCUGUUCUGACCAACCCGCCAUGCUGUACAGGCAGCCCAGAAGCCGAGCAACAGGCGCUCAGACGGCUGGAAGUCGUUCGCGCUCUGGCUAGAAGCUGCGUGCGUGAGUGGCGAGAUUUGCCUCCUCACAAAGUGACAGCCAAACCGCUGUCGGGAGGUUUAAGCAACACACUGUUUGUCGUCGAUGCAAGCCUAAGUGAACGCGAGACCAGGAGGGCCGAACGUGGACGGGACAGCGCGAGUGAAGACGGAGGAGGAGAUCGAGGGGGAAGGACGGGGCGCUGCGCGAAGCCUCAGGCGGCAAAUGGAGAAGCGGCUGAUCCCUCUCGGGAAAGCGGAAAAGAACGGACACGCGGCGCGCGGGCGCCGCAAGACAAACAAGAGACGACCGUGCGAAGCGACGAGGGGGACAGCUUUCAAGGGCUGCACGCGGUGGGCAAACCGGUGAAAAGUGUCGGAGUCAGCGAAGACGUUCUUUCCCACAAAAAACAUGGGGCCGCGAAGGAAAACGGAACGGUGAGGGAAGUGAGCGAGGCGGGUGCGAAGGACCAAAAGGAAAAGUGUCCAAGGCCAGAACAAGAAGGAACGGUGCUCGCGGAGACCCCGAACCGGGUACUGCUUCGCGUGUACGGACAUUCGGCAGGCACGGAGCUCUUUGACCCAAAGGUCGAACAGAGACUCUUCAAGAAGCUUGGGGAGAUCGGCAUCGCGCCGCGCUGCCUUGCAGAAUUUGAAGGCGGUCGCGUGGAGGCAUGGCUCGACGGCCACCCUCUGCAAACUGCGGAGCUUUACAAAGAGGACAUUCAAGCGAAAGUCGCGACCGUGCUCGCCCGCUUCCACCAAACCCGCCUUCACCUGACCCGCCAGUGCGUCUCGGAGCCCGCGAGGCGAGCCUGUCUCUGGUGUUCCGCGAUCCCCAGUGCGGCGUGCUCUCCACAGCUCACCCCUGUCCCUCUUGCGUCGCCGCCCUCUCCGACUUGUCCGCACGACAAAACUCGAGCGAGCGCCCCGCCUUUUUCUCGUCCUUCUUCUCUCCAGCUCGCCUCGGCCACGUCCGCGCUCUCGGCCUCUGGCUCUCGGAGUUCGGGCGAAGCUCCUGUCUGGCCGCUUGCAGCCUGUGACUUUUCUGAGCCUCCGCGCGAAAAGCGCAGCCCGCCGUUCCUCGUGGGGCCUUGCGAGUGCGUCCUCUGCCGCACGCAGAUGUGGCUCUCUCUCGCGGAAAAGGCGGAGCGAACGGCGAAGGCGCUCGCGAGGCAGUCCUCCUUUCCGACUGGAAAGCCGCGCAGCGACAUCGCCGCUGCGUGCCUUGGCAGAGAAGCAGACCGCGCAGACAGAGAGGACGAGCACGAGGCGGCGGGGACAGAAGGGACGAGCCGAAGCCAGGGCCGAGACGAGAAGGCGACUGUGGGGGGAGGCGAAGUCGGGGAUAAGAUCCCAGGCGCGCUGGACGACGUGAAGAAGACCGCCGAGCUGAUGGAAACCGUAGCACUGGAGAAAUACCGAAGGAAAGCGAAGAAAGUGAAAAAGGCGAUUCUGGGUCUCGUGGCGAAAGAGCUUUCUCCCGAGUCCCUCAGGAACGUGUACGGUUCGGCAGAGCGCUGGGCGCUCCUCUCCGCCGCGGCACCGGUCCUCUCUCACAAUGACCUCCAAGAAAACAACAUGAUGCUGACGGAAGAUGGACAGAUGCACCUGAUCGACUUCGAAUACGCAAACGAAAACCUGAGAGGCUUCGACGUCGCCAAUCUCUUCUGCGAGUUUGCCAUCGACUACACUUCACUGAAACGUUUCCCGUUCUUUUCCAUUGAUCCCUCCAAGUACCCGUCCGGCGCUGCUCGCCGAGCUUUUAUUCGACUGUAUCUACAAAAAGUCCUGUCGCUGGCGAAAGUGAACACAACGCCCCGUGAGGAGUUCAGUCAGACGGUCCGGGACGACGCGACGAAUCCUCGAUCUGAAGACGACCGCACUUCUGCAGAAGGCGCAAGAACCGAAGCAGAGACAGGACCGGGGGGAGAAGACGAAACGCAUGAGCUGGAGAUCUCUGACGUGAUCAUCACAAACUUCGACAAUCUAGUCAUGCUCCUUACCCUCUCUUCCCACCUCAUAUGGGCGUUCUGGUCUGUAAUCAAAGCACCAAUGAAACAGUCCGACAGUGAUUUCUCUUACCUUCAAUAUGCUGCCGAAAGGCUGAAGAUGUACGACGACAAGGAGGAGGAACUUGUUCGUCUGGGACUCUUUUCUUCCGAUGCCGACACACAGGAGUCGCAUUUGCAUGCGAAGAACGGAUAG